AGCCACAACUUUUUCUCGGAAAGUUUCGGUUCUUCGUUCCUGGCUCUUUCGGAGUAAAGUCUGUUGAAGAAAAUAAUCGAAUUUAGGGGUUUCAGGCUUAUAAACUGCUGUUGAUUUUGAUCUUGUGAUUUUAAGAGAAGAAGAUGUUCGGGAGAGCGCCGAAGAAGAGCGAUAACACGAGGUACUAUGAGAUACUGGGUGUGUCCAAGAACGCUUCACAGGACGAUUUGAAAAAGGCUUACAAGAAAGCUGCAAUCAAGAACCAUCCUGAUAAGGGAGGUGAUCCCGAGAAAUUCAAGGAGUUGGCUCAAGCCUAUGAGGUUCUAAGUGAUCCUGAGAAACGUGAGAUAUAUGAUCAAUAUGGUGAGGAUGCACUCAAGGAAGGAAUGGGUGGUGGCGGUGGUGGCCAUGAUCCUUUUGAUAUCUUCCAAUCCUUCUUUGGUGGGAACCCAUUUGGAGGAGGUAGCAGCAGAGGACGUCGCCAGAGGCGGGGAGAUGAUGUGGUUCAUCCUCUGAAAGUUUCUCUUGAAGAACUUUACCAAGGUACCACAAAGAAGCUUUCACUCUCGAGAAAUGUUAUAUGUUCCAAAUGCGAAGGCAAAGGAUCAAAAUCUGGAGCUUCAAUGAAGUGUGCUGGUUGCCAAGGUACUGGUAUGAAGGUCACAAUCAGGCACCUUGGGCCCUCUAUGAUUCAACAAAUGCAGCAUGCUUGCAAUGAAUGUAAGGGUACUGGUGAGGCUAUUAAUGAUAAGGAUCGUUGCCCACAUUGCAAGGGAGAGAAGGUUGUCCCAGAGAAGAAGGUGCUUGAAGUUUUUGUCGAGAAGGGAAUGCAGAAUGGGCAGAAGAUUACCUUCCCUGGUGAAGCUGAUGAAGCGCCUGAUACAGUCACUGGAGAUAUAGUGUUUGUCCUUCAGCAGAAGGAACAUCCCAAGUUCAAGAGGAAGGGUGAAGACCUCUUCUAUGAGCACACUCUGUCUCUCACUGAGGCUCUGUGUGGUUUUCAGUUUGUAUUGGCGCACCUGGAUGGCAGACAGCUCCUUAUCAAGUCAAGCCCUGGGCAAGUUGUCAAGCCUGAUUCAUACAAGGCUAUUAAUGAUGAGGGGAUGCCUUUGUACCAGAGGCCAUUCAUGAAAGGGAAGCUGUACAUUCACUUUACUGUGGACUUCCCUGACUCACUGACCCCAGAUCAGGUCAAGGCACUGGCGGCGGUUCUGCCACCCAAGCCAUCAUCUGAGCUGACAGACAUGGAGCUGGACGAGUGUGAGGAAACUACAUUGCAUGAUGUUAACAUUGAAGAGGAGAUGAGGAGGAAGCAGUCUCAGGCACAAGAGGCAUAUGAUGAGGAUGAUGACAUGCAUGGUGGUGCUCAGAGAGUGCAAUGUGCCCAACAGUGAUGACAAACAAAAUUGAUAUAUCCAAGUCCUUCCGUGUGCUUGCACAAUUGAAGCUAAUAUGAGUAGUACUUACAGAACUUGGGAAUAUGGUGUUUCUAUUUGUCAAGGAUUAACCAUGGAAAAACUUUAAUGGACAACUUUUCAUUACUAAAAGUUCUAAAGGCAAUCAUUUCCAUA